AUGGCACUCAGGAGGCAUGUAAAGAACUUUGUGAAGAAUUAUUCUGAAGCCGAGGUAAAAGUCAGAGAAGCAACAUCUAAUGACCCCUGGGGCCCCUCCAGUUCUCUGAUGUUAGAGAUAAGUGACUUGACUUUUAAUGCCGUCUCUCUUACUGAGAUUAUGAGCAUGAUAUGGCAUAGGUUGAACGACCAUGGAAAGAACUGGAGGCAUGUGUACAAGUCUCUCACACUUUUGGAUUAUCUCCUCAAGAAUGGAUCAAAGAAAGUCAUUCAGAAUUGUCAAGAGGCCUUCUUUAAUAUCCAGGUGUUGAAGGACUUCCAUCAUUUAGAUGAAGCAGGAAAGGAUCAAGGUUAUCAUGUGAGGGAGAAGGCUAAGCAAGUCCUUGUUUUAUUAAAAGAUGAUCAACUGUUGUACAAUGAACGUGAAAUCGCACGACGGACUAGGCGGCGCACUUCCUAUGCAAUGCUUUCCCCCACAUCGGCUACUGAAAAAGCUUACUUUCCAUCAAUGCCUAUCUCAGAUCCUGUGUCAGAAUUCCCUCCUUCAGAGAACCUCCAAUAUGUUCCCCCUAAGGCAUCUGCAGGAGCACUAUGCCAGGCAGUUCAGGCAUCAGGCAAAGCAGAGAUAGUCCAAGAUACAACAGCACUUAAUGCUGUUGCCAAGAAAUCGUCAGAGGACUUGAUAAUCUUUAGUGACGACGAGUCCCCAACUACUGAUGUGCAACCAACAUUUCCAACUAAGGUCCCUGUAGAGGAAUUGGCAACAGAUACAAAGUUAACAGCAGGGAACUCCUGGAAUGCGAGUACUUAUUUGAAUCCCUCAGAAAGAAAUCCUUUAACUUUUCCAAAAUGGGAUUCAGGCAGGAAAUCAAAGAGUUCUAUUAUUUCCAAAGCUAUGCUUAAAUCUCCUCCGAAGACACAGUCCAGUGUAUACAGCCACAAAGUAGCAGAAACUUUGCUUGAUUUUUGGUCCUUGGGCCCAGAAGAGUUUAUGACUACCAACAGACAUAACACCAAACCAGAUUUUGUUUGCUGUCACACUGAAGCCUCUGUUGAAACCCUCUACCAAUCUCCAACUUUUCAAACAUUUGAUUCUUUGGGAAACAGCAUAACGAAAACCACAACUCCAGGUUCUUCUCAGCAACUAUUUGAGCCUAGUGAAUCUAGCCUGAAAAAUUACUGCUUCAUGAGGCCAAGCACAGUACAGCCAGCCAGUCAACCAACCCCAAGGCCAGACUCUGCCGGCUCAAUGGGAACAACAUCCUCCUUUUCCACUUUCUCAAUGUCAUCCCCUGAGUCAGCCGUUCCAAACAACACCCCACAGCCUCAUUGUUUUCCUUCCCGUGGACCUUCUUAUUUCCUCACACCACCACGUGGACUGCCUUCUCUUUUCUUUAACGAUCUCAAAGAAAGGAUUGCAAAUUCCUUUCCUCCCUGCCAAGUGCCUGAUGUAUUUGACAAUGCUAACAUCUUAAGUCUUCUUCCAGAUAAUUCAAAAUGUCCGGUCAAAAACAUUGAUAGUUGUAGGCGUAGAACUUGCCGCGCUUAUGCUGAGAGUUGGGAAGACAAUGUGGUGCAUGAUACGCCUCCUGUGGCUGCCCGAAUUGAGUCUCCUGCUGCUGAUCUGCCCGGUACACACUUCCUUUGUACGAACACUGAAAAAAAAGCCAUGACCCUUUUGGAAGAGAUUAAAAACGCCGUUUGUGGACUUAGAGGGGACUUCUGCAGUAUGGCACAGGAGCUGCAUACUAUCAGUAGUGAGUUGACAAAUAUGGUGGCUUCCAUGCAAAAUAUGAGCAAAAUCUUGGCAGCUCCCCAGACUGCUGAAGAUGACCCUGGCACUCAAAAUGGCAACUUAAUUAAGGAACCUUGGAUCUGUUAUGUAUCUUGCCUUACUCAUCAGCUUUACAUAAUUCGCUAG